GUCACCUCCAUAGUUAGCAAACACUGGAGUUAGCACAGGAGCUAACACGGAGCAAACAUGAGUGCAGCGGUCGUGGUGCGGAGGUUAGCGGCUCUCUCCGGGGCUUCUGCGGUCGGACUGGGGGCGUAUGGAGCUCACGGUUUUAAAAAUACAGAUCCCGAUGAGUAUCGCAUAGUGCUUUUUGAAACGGCCAAUAAGUACCACUUCUACCACAGCCUCGCCCUGCUGGGAGCAGCUCAGUGUCGACAGCCUGCAGUGGCUGGCACUCUCCUCGUCGCCGGGAUGGGCUUGUUCUGUGGAGCUCUGUACCGCCAGGCACUGACCGGGGAGGUGGCACCCAAGAAAGUAGCACCCAUGGGUGGUAUGGCCAUGAUUGCAGGGUGGCUGGCUAUACUGCUGUGAACCGCUGUGAACCACUGUGCGAAGCCAUACUGCUCAAGCUAAAUGACUGGAACUGUUUGAAUAGCACCCAAACCACUCCCAUGGGUGUCAUCGAGAGAUAAGGUCACCUUGACUUUAUCAAUACUUGUACUCAAUGUUCAGCUUGAGGGGCAGUUGAAGAGAAGGAUAAUAGGGAGUCAAAAUGCUAUGGCACUGUUGUGAGAAGAAAUGUAUUUUUUUGAAUAUCACAUUAAAGCUGAAAUUAACUUUUUAAAAAUUUGAAUAAUGAAAUUGCUAGAUUAUUUUUUUUCUUGGCAUGCCUUAAAAAGCUAUUCAUAUAAGCAUUCUAGAGAAUAUGGCCCCAUUUGAUUUUAAUGGGCCUAUAGUAGACUAUUUUCUGAUCUGUUACAAUGUUGUUUCCUCAUCAGAAACAGACCUGGAGUUGUGUUUCGUUUCAUUCACACAUGUUAAACACACAAAUCCUGCAUAUUUGGCAUGAAUUUUUCCCUCAAAUAAAACACUGUUCCACUUUGCCAUGUGGUAAUACAGGAAGUGCUCUGCUGUCUUUUUAAACUCUAUACGUUUAGUUUGUUUUUGAUGAGCUAACAACAUUAUAUGACUUAAACAUUUACAAGAAUCUGUUUUGUGUAAUAUAGGACAUUUAAAGGCUAUCUGGUACCAUUGUUGCUAAAAUGUAUACUUGUAUUGUUUUUGUCUAUAAUCAUGAUACAGAUUUAUCAGUUAUGUAAUUAAUUUCUCUUACCACAUUUGGAAUACUGCUAAUAGUUUUGUGAUGAGAAUGUUUGCACUAAGAUCCAAUAGCUUGAGAUAUGCCAAAACACAUGUACAAUUUGAGUACAUCUGUAUGUUUUUUGAAGAAGUUACAAUAAAGGGACAAAUACUUUAAA